AUGGAUCAGCCGCUGAGAGUGACCAUCGUGGGCGCUGGACUAGCUGGACUGCUGGCAGCACGGGUCCUGCGCGGAAGACACACCGUCACCUUGGUUGAGAAGUUCCAGGGAGGACAUGAAGUCGGAGCGGCCAUCAACCUCGGCCCCAAUGGUGUGCGCAUCAUCGAAGAGCUCGGGUUCAGCCAGACCCGGUGCCAGUCAGUGAACUGCGGCGAGACGCGCACCCUGGAUAAAACGGGUAAGCUGAUAAGUACGGCGAGCAUGGCGCAUCUCAAAGACACGUACGGGGCCGAGUGGAUCUUCCAGCAUCGCGCGGAUCUCUGGAGCGAAUUCCUGCGGCUGGCCGUGGGCCCAUCAGUCGAACUGGGGAUUUCGGGGGAGCCGGCCAAGAUUCUCUGGGGUCAAGAAGUGGUCAAGGUCGAUGUAGAGUCUGGAGACGUGGUGCUUGCCAGUGGACAGACACUGGAGUCAGACCUAGUUGUCGGAGCCGACGGUAUCAAGUCCAUUGUACGGCCGUUGGUCGUCGCCGAGGAAGCGUUCCGGACUGCUCGUCCGUCAGGCUCAUCCGCAUUCCGCUUCACCAUUCCUCGGGAUGUGUUAGAUCAGCAGCAGUCAGGCCUCCGGGUUAUGGACCCGAAGAAGCCCGGCGCUUUGGAGAUCUACCUGAGCAUGGAUGGCUCGACUCGAUCGGUGAUCAUGUACCCAUGUCGGGAGUACGAACUGCUGAACGUGGGCUGUAUCACCCCAGAUGCGGUGCUCCAGACAGCGACGACCGAGUCAUGGUCGACCGAAGGCUCCAAAGAAGACCUGCUCCGAUGCUUUUGCGACUUUUGUCCCACUGUUCUGAAGGUGCUCGACUUAGCGGAGAACAUCAAGGUGUGGCAGCUGCGCGACCAAGACCCUCUACCUACGUACCGGCGCGGGCGCGUGGUCUUAAUUGGCGAUGCAGCCCAUUCAAUGACUCCGCAUCAAGGCCAGGGAUGCAACCAGGCAAUCGAAGACGCUGAGGGCUUCCGUCUUUUCGACCAGCCGGACGUUUCACGGGAGAGCAUCCCGAACCUGCUCAUAGACUUUGACCGGGUGCGACGCGAGCGCGCGUCCAAGAUCCAAAACUACACCCGCCAGGCGCACCACAAGGCUUCGGCCCAGGAUCUGUGGAAAUACACCGACUAUAACUAUACAUACCCCGGUAUCCUGGAGUGUCUGCGGCGGUUGAACUUGGGUAAGGAAAUGAUACCAGCCAGUCAAUACCCCAACGGGCUGCAUGAUUAA